GUAUCCAAUUAUCAGUUCUUAGAAGAAACAUUAAAGAGUUAUGUUUUCGUAGUUUUCAUGAUGAAGAAGCAGUAAUAACAUGUCAUAAAGUCUAUUUGUAGCUAGUAUAAACUAUUGUCAGUAGUAUUUGAACAUGGCUGGCGUGUUAGUAAAGAUCAGGGGCGUCAACUGUGAGGGGAAGGAGUGGAUGAUGCCCUCUGAUGUCAACUUUAGACUGGUUUUGGAUGUGAUAGCACAGGUGGUUCCAGGGAUCAGCCCUCUACCUACUGCAUUCGAAUACGAGGAUGAGGACGGUGACAGGAUUACAGUGUGUAGUGAUGAUGAGCUAGCGGCCAUGCUGACCUUUUGUCAAUGGAGGGCGGCUCGUUAUGGAGGUGCUGUGGAGCCUGUAUCUCUAUACCCUAAAGCGAGUCGUUGGAAGAACCAUCUCCGACUGGAAGUGAACACUCGAGCACCUCUCACUACCACUUCCACGUCCAACCCAGGGAGUGGGGAGGGCGUUGCUCGGAGUGGCAGUUUUAGGAGAGCCAAUGAACAAUCACUGGUCAAGCUUAUAGCCGAAAACAAGGUGGCAUCACAAGACUUGCAAUACUUGGAGAUCCUUGGUCACGGCAGUGGUGGUACUGUAUACCGAACCUUCCAUCAAUCAUCAAAGAUCAUCAUGGCUGUCAAAGUACUAGCCCUGGACGUGACUUCAGACGAACAGAAACAGAUCAUGGCUGAGCUGGAAAUAUUGCACAAGUGUAACUCUCGGUACAUUAUCGGGUUCUAUGGCGCUUUCUUUCAAGAGAAUAGGAUAUCAAUAUGCACCGAGUAUGUGGAUGGUGGCUCCCUAGAAGGCUAUGGCUCCCUACCCGAGGAAGUGCUGGGGAGGAUAACAGUGUCUGUUGUGAAGGGGUUAAGUUAUUUAUGGAGUCUCAAGAUUCUCCAUCGAGAUAUUAAGCCCUCGAAUAUGCUGGUUAAUAGUCACGGUCAUGUUAAGCUCUGUGACUUUGGUGUCAGUGUGCAGCUCCUCAAUUCACUCACAAAGACCUUCAUAGGGACUAAUGCUUACAUGGCGCCUGAGCGCAUACUUGGUGGGGAGUACGGUAUCCACUCUGAAGUGUGGAGUCUUGGUGUGUCUUUACUGGAGAUGUCCCUGGGCAGAUUUCCAUACCUUCCAGAAGGAUCCCGACCAGCUAACCUCAUGCCGUUUGAGCUGCUUCAGUGCAUUGUGAACGAGAAGCCUCCAUCGCUGCCACCUGACCGGUUCUCUCCAGAGCUCAUCAACUUCACCUCUCAAUGCAUGCAGAAACUUCCUAAAGCAAGAACAGCCAUCGAUGCUCUCCUAAGACACCCGUUUGUCACCUUCUAUGAUGAUGGAAAUGAAGAAGUUAUUUCUUCGUAUGUACGAAGGCGUCAGGAACAGCAGAGAAUUCGAAACACCUUCAAACGUUUCCCAUCUGAUUUAUCACUUUCGUCCGCCUCUAGUGGAUGGUCUGGUGCGUCUGCCCACAGUGGGUCAAAGGUCACCGCUAAUCACAUGACAUAUGGACACCCAGGACAAUUGACUAACGCUCACUACGGAGACCCUAACAGUGCGUAUGGUCACUCCCUCUACACUCACGGGCUAGAGGGGGGUGGUGGUGGGAGUGGCUACGAUCGGCUGUACACGCAUGGUGUAUCAGACGAAGGGUUACAUCCAUUACACGCACACGGACUAGAUGAUGGCGGGACGAAUACCACAACAACCACUACGGGCGGUGGAACAUUUCACAUGGACACUUCUUAGCUUGUGUCGUUCGUGUCCAUGCAAUUGUGUGCUUGUGUGUGUUCUUUUUUAGUGCCUUCAAAUUUGAUAUUAUAUGCAUUCAAUUUUUUUCUUCUCUUUUAUUACUCUUUUUGUCUGAUUCUUUCCCAAUUUUCAAUUUCAUUAUCCAAAAA